CACAUGUAGUCAAUGUAAAGAUAACAUAGAUAAGUUAACAUAAGUCUGAAAAUAAUGUUUCGACUGUGCCACAUAAGUUUUGUUUUGGUUUUACUUGCAAACUUAGAUCGCGUACAGACGGAGUGUCCAUUAGGAUGGCAGCAUUAUAAUAAUUCGUGCUACUUUUUCAGUUCCGAGAGUUUAAAUUGGUAUUUGGCACAGAGUGCCUGCCGUGGACAUGAUGCAAGGCUUGCUGAAAUUGAAACAAAGGAUCGGCAAGACUACAUUACAGAUCUGGCAAAACGUUUCAAUCAUUACAAUUAUUGGAUAGGAGGACGGGAUGACAUUAUUGAAAGUCGAUGGAUAUGGUCAUCAACAGAUAACCUAUUAACGUAUACGAACUGGGGUCCAAAUGAACCAAAUGGUGGGACAGGGGAGAACUGUCUCUCCAUGUAUGCACCUUGGACAUGGCAGUGGUAUGACAUGACAUGCUCGACGUCACAACAGUUCAUCUGUGAGAAAAAUUAUCACGGCAGUGAAGAAAUCAUUGGCUAA